CUACCUGGUUACGUUUCACAUCAACUCACAAAAAACCCCAAAUAUAAUUGCCACCAAAUCCCACACUUUUAUUUUCAUUUCUAUUUCUCCAAAGGACAAUUUGUCAAUCAAGAAGCCAAGAAAAGCUACUGGUCUUUCAUUCCCUGAGCCCCGUGAAGGACUUGAAGCAGCUUUGAUUUAAGCACUUGGUAGAAAUUUGGCCUUCAAAACUUGGACUGGUGUAUCACAGUUAUGACUUGUUUAUCCUUCUUACUUGGUAGAAAGGACUCAUCGAGGAAACUUGGGUUUGAUGUUGAUGACGAACUAUCUGGCAUUCAUGAUGUUAACCUAUACACGUACAAAGAGUUAAAAAUGGCAACUGAAGAUUUUGAUAUAGCCAAUAAAAUUGGCGAAGGUGGUUUCGGUUCUGUCUAUAAGGGACGACUUAAAGACGGAAAUCUUGCUGCUAUAAAAGUUCUUUCAACUGAAUCAAAACAAGGGGUGAAGGAGUUUUUGACUGAGAUAGAUGUAAUCUCAAAAAUAGAGCAUGGAAAUCUAGUUAAGCUCUAUGGCUGUUGUAUAGAAGGCGAUCAGAGAAUUUUGGUCUACAAUUACUUAGAGAACAAUAGUCUUGCACAAACUCUUCUUGGUGGAGGUUACAGUAAUAUUCAAUUUAAUUGGCGAACACGGCGUGGAAUAGCUAUCGGAAUUGCUUGUGGGCUUGCCUUCCUUCAUGGGGAUGUACGUCCACAUAUUAUUCACAGAGAUAUCAAAGCGAGCAAUAUCCUCCUCAAUAAAGACUUGAUGCCUAAAAUUUCAGAUUUUGGCCUGGCAAAACUCAUCCCGGCCAAUGUGACCCAUGUUAGCACACGUGUGGCAGGAACGAUAGGUUAUCUGGCACCAGAAUACGCAAUAAGAGGGCAAUUGACGAGGAAAGCAGAUGUUUAUAGUUUUGGUGUCCUCCUUGUGGAAAUUGUCAGUGGCAGAUGCAAUACACAUUCAAUGCUACCCAUGGAUGAACAGUAUCUUCUUGAAAGGACAUGGCAUCUCUACGAACGCAGGGAGCUGGUUGGUCUGGUAGACACUGCAUUGAACGGGGAUUUUGACGCUGAGGAGGCUUGUAGGUUCUUAAAAAUUGGUCUUCUCUGCACACAAGACACUCCAAAACUCAGACCGUCCAUGUCAACUGUGGUAAAGAUGCUCAAAGGACUGAGGGAAGUUGAUGAUACUAAGAUAACAAAGCCAGGCUUGAUAUCUGAUUUCAUGGAUCUCAAAAUACGAAGCCAACCAAAUAGUAAGAAGCCUAGCGCACAGACCACUGCUUCGUCCUACAACGGGUCCUCUGGUUCAGACAACCAUGACAAUUCAAACCUGUCAUCACAAACCUCAGUUGCUGCUACUUCCACUUUCAUCUCAAAUUUGUCCUUUGAAACCACAGCUCCAGCUACUACAACCUUCAGCUUCAGUACCAUGUGAACUGAGCGGUUACAUGUUACAGAAUGUGUAGAUUUGAUUUAUUCUAUCAUAUAGGGUUUUGCCGCUUCCACUUGUAAAUUCACUAAAUUGUAUGAUAUGCUUCUUCUUCUUUUUGUCACACCACCUCUCUAGCUGGACUGCUGGAGGUACUCCAUUGUAAAUGCAUCGUGAUUGGUGAUUCAAAGAAUUUUUUCCUGGGUUCAUUGUCUUUCUGGCACCCCAGUAUUACAGAAUCCUCCAAAUAUAUCUAAUAUGUUACUAUAAAUAUGUUCAUGUACCGUUCCAAUGAUUCGAUUCCAUUCUGGACCAUAAUGAUUUCGUCAAUGUUGGAUCUUGACUUGGUAACACGUUGAUUACAGCAUCUGGAUUUCACC